AUGGCUUCUUCAAGUACCGCGCUCUCUAAGACGGCCAUCAACACCCUACGCGGCGUCCUUUUCACGACGUCUGUGUCGGUCGUCCUGCUCGCCGAGGAACGCCGCCGCCGCAUCAAGAUUGCCCGUGCCGCCGUCGACAAUGCGCGCAAGAUCCAUGCCGCCAAGAUUAAUCGCGGCGCUGAAGCAGUCGCAGUGCUCGAACCGUUCAAUCUCGAGGCUCACCUAGCCAAGCUCGACAGCGAGUCCUUCAUCAGGCAACCACGCGCGCCUCGGAACUCAUCUCGCCGGGGAAAACGAAAAGAUGUCGACAGCCUAAACUCUUCCGACGGUACCCUUACGAUACCCGAAACUCGCGCUCCCGAACCCGUUGCGCCACUUCGAACUGUUUAUAAUGACUCCAUCCCCCUUGUUCACAUUGCAGAGGCCAUGGUCGCGGGACGGAAUUGGAGCAUUAACUCGACAGUCAAGCGCUCCGCAGUACCCAGAAAAGCGCAAAAAAAAUCAGCAACCGUUGAUAAUAUCUCCAAGAGUGUGGGUGCGAGCCAGGUAUCAGGCGAAGCUCCGGCAACAACCUCUGCAGUCACCAUUUCAAGCCUAUCCGCGCACAACAACUCGGGAAUCCCCAGCCAUAGACUCGAAUACGAGCAUCUCAGAGUUGCUCCACGAGACAGCAAAGAAGCCUCUGUCGAGUAUAACGACGCUGUGGCAACGCUCAUCGAGGCCGUCCAGGCUUUACCAGAGAAGUCCAAUCAAAGCAAGGAACCAUCGCACACCUUCAAAAUAGCAGUGGCGGCUCUGCAUGUAGUUGGCACACACAACGGCACUCGACGUUCAUUCCGAGAGUUAUUAAAAGAUAUCGUUGUCAACCUCCUGAAAUAUUCUGUGGAUAUGACUUCAGAAGAAAUGAGAGCAGUCUUGAAGGCGUCGCUCUUCCUGAAGCGAUCAAUUGUCACUAUUCUCAAUCGAUUUUUGGCGUGGAUGGACAAGCAUCGACCAGAGGAUGCUAUAGAAGUCACGCGAAACAUCAUCUCUUUCUUUACACAACCAGAGCAGGCUCUCGUUUGGAAAGACGGGCAAUUCAUCCAAGAGGCCGUCAAAGUACAACGUGCGCAUUGCACCGAACUUGCAAUCAAGGAGUACAACAUGCUCAAAUCUGCCGGGCUAUUUGCGGAAAUGAAUAUGCCGGACCAGGAAUAUGAAAUCCGAAGAGAAGCCGUCAUUGCAGCUUGUGCGGCAGGGCAAACGCAUUUCGUCGAUGAAGAAAUGAUUGCGCUGCGGAAAUUAAAAGGGGAUGAUGUGGAAUCAGACUUUGUGCUACAAGCUGCCUUGAUGACCCAAAAGGUAGCUCUCGGCGCCUGUGAUGAAGUUUUUGACUCCUUGCGAGAACUUGAGAGAUGCAAAACGCCUUCGUCGAUGGAGUUUCAAGGGCAUCUACGGCGCUUCACAGACCUUUUCGCCAAGACACAUGACGUUGAAGAGCUGGGUCGCUGGCUUACAUACGCUGCGGAAACUUAUGGCAUGGCGCUGCGAACCGAAUGGGCCUUUUUGGUGCUGAACGAGUAUGCUUACUUUCACGACAUUGAAGGAAUGAUGUUGUGGUUGGAAUUCUGUCUGGGGCAUGGGCUUCAAGUUGAUUAUCAAUUUGCGACUGAAUGGAAGAAAACAUGCCGAAGACAUUUGCGUUUCAGCAAAGAUAAUACGCAAGAACUGUGGAACAGACUGACCAAAGUUAUGUCCUUGCCGCAAAUGGAUGGGCAUGACUAUCAGGUCAAGCAUCGCAAGGGAGACUUGAGCAGGCGAAUGGUCGAGUUGACGAACAACGGACGGUGGGAAAAGGCAUGCCUUGUGUUUGAAGCGGCGCUGUCAAAGUCACGAGACAUUUGCGAGACCAGCUUUCAACUGGCGCUAGAAGCGCAGGUGCAAGCAAAUGGGGGCAACGCAGAACCAGCUCUACGAUUGUUAGAACGCGCACGUGUUUAUGGAAGAGACACCGCCAUUGCGCAGCACCGGUUCCUUGCCAAGGAGAUUAAAGGCAGACAAAGGAGCGACAUCAAGGCUCUGCUUGUUAAGGCUGUUGAAUGUGGGAGCGACAUCCCGGCUGACAUAUAUACUCUCGCCGUCCAAAGGGUGGUGGAAAAGGACUUGUACGGGGCGCAUGAAAUUUUGCAGCUGGGAGCCAAGCAGCUGGGCCAUGGCAAGCUUGCGUACAACGGAUACUCUUUCGCGAAACUGCUGUAUAUCCAUAUCGCGACUCACCAAUAUUCUGCAGCGCAGCGGCUGGUGUCCGAGUUUGCCUCAGACCGGCCGUUCUGGCAUGGUACCAGGCUAUGCAAGGAAAGCCUCAAAUUCGGAAUACGAGAGCUUACGAAACGAGCGGCCGCAAGGGUGGACGCAGGGGAUACUGGCGAUUUUGAUGGCGGCGCGCGGAUUCGUGAGCAGCGCCUUGCGGAAGGGCUGCAGCAAGCGCUCGAGCAGAAUGCAGAGAGCCGGCACGAGGUGGGAUACCAGACCACGAUCGCCGACAUGAUUGUGCAGCUAGUCGAGGAUGCUACGAAAGGGAAGGGUGCCGCCGCGGCUUUGGAUUGGCAAAAGAAGAAGCAAGCAGAGAGAUCUGUUCGAAAGGCCGGUUCUGGGUUACAUGUGGCAUCUUUGCGAAACAGCAUCACGCGUAUCAGUGUGGAUGCGUAG